UUUACUGUAUCAAGUGAGUAGUAACAUAUGUUUUCCUUAUCAGCAGAUUCGUGCGGAACAACUUUUCGUCUUUGAGUCGGCCAUCCGUGAUAGCCCGUUAAAACUUAAAACCAAAUUUGUCCCUGUCGUAUUUUGUCGUUGGAUUUUGCUAUGGCUUUGACGGUGUCGGGUUUGAAGAUUGCUGCGGUAGGAUUAACGCAGCGUGCAUGUCGCCCAACGCUUUUACAAGCAGCCAAAUAUUCAUGGGAACCGAAAGAAGUUGAAACUCAUACCGGUCAGAAAUGGGAAAAAGACGAUUAUCGUUUGGCGCGUUUCAUUGACAUGGAGAAGGAAGUGAACAAGUCGUUCGCCAUUGAUCUCAUCAAACAAGUACCGCCUAAGCCGUGUACUGAGCGUGUUGUUUAUUGCGAUGGUGGCGGCGGACCACUGGGUCACCCAAAAGUCUACAUAAAUUUGGACAAACCAGGGAAUCACGCCUGUGGAUAUUGCGGCUUACAGUUUGUCAAGAAGGAUAGUCAUUAAAAAUUAUUACAUUAUUCAACCAAAUUUCUUGAAGAUUAUUUAGAUUAUCAGAUAUCGAAUAAUAAAAACUUGUAAAUUGGUAUCUGUUUAUAUUAGAAAUAAAUUACAUUUGUUAGAAAAAUCUA